AUGCCGCAAUCCAACAUUCAAACCAUUCCAGUAAACAACAUGUUAUCUAAUUCCAACGUAAGGGAAAGCUUCAGCGCCGACCAACUGGCGCAGAUUACGCAGAUUGUUUUGCAGUCGAUCUCGUCGUUCUUUGAAAGCCAACACACCACAACAACCACAACUUGUGUAGAUGAGCAGCCAACUAUCCCGCCAACGCCACCCGGACAGCUUGGUCAAUUUUCAUUUUUAAGUUCCAGCGAGCUCCAGCAGCAGCCGACUUCAUCCCAUGGACCUGUUGCCUCAAUCCAGCAAGCAGAUGGGGGAUUCACGCCAGAUAUUCCAAACAAAUACGUUCGUGACAUCGAAAGUGGUGAGUUUUCGAGCUUGCUAAAUUAUUGCUAAAAAUUUAAAUAAGUUAAAUGUUGGUUCCGAUUCUUCUGACAACGUGGGUUUCACAAUUUCCUUUACAGGAAUCUCAACACCGUGCAAGCCUCAAGUGCUGACUAACAUUGAAGAGUGGACAACCGCUUUCAACACAUAUAUGUUAAUCAUAGUACAAAAAUUUCCAAAUCGUGCAUUAGAACUUUUACAGUACAUGGAAACCAUCCGUCAUGCGGCAAAAACGCAUGGCGGUUUAGGCUGGGUGCAUAUAUGA